AACGUAGAAUCUAUUGCACUCCUAAGUUUAGUUUGGUUUGAUAGGUAGCUACUUAAUGGUUCAGAUCACGAGCUGUCGAGGAGGAAAGUCUGGGAGGAAUGCUUGCAGAUCCUUCAACCUUGCACGGUAAGCGAGAAACUACUGAAAAGCUAUCAAGAGUCGAACUUUCAAGCGGAAUUGGAAAGCUAAGAAUAACAAUGCACACCACAGGAGAUUUGAGUAUAAAAGCCCUGGGUGUCCUGGGCUCUACAGAAGUUUUAGGUGGUUCACCUGCUACGAUCAACGACCUUCCCUAUCUAGUCAGCAUUUCGAAAUCAGGCGCAUAUACCUGUGCUGGUGCUAUUAUCAGCGGAAACUGUGUUGUUACUUCUGCACAAUGCGUAUAUGGCCUAGAGGCAUCACCCACAAGCUUUUCCGUGAGGGCAGGCUCAAGCCAAACAUCAUCUGGAGGGUAUGCAAUUACGGUAUCAAAGAUUUCCCGGCAUCCUCAAUUCAAGCCAACCAGCAAUGAUUUCGACGUUACCGUGCUCCAAUUAUCUUCCUCUAUCACAUCCGGUCCGACUGUCAAGCUGGCUGAAUUUGUCCAGUCUGGCCAGGAGCCAGCGGAUGGGGCUGAAUGUGUGGCUUCUGGCUGGGGUGACCUGGAAGGACAAUUACAAUCAGUUACACUGCCUAUCGUGAACCGAGAGAAAUGCAAUGAGACUUAUGCCGGCCAAAUCACCGACCGUAUGAUAUGUGGUGGCUCCGAAGCUGGUAAAGGUACCUGUCCAGGGGACCGUGGUGGCCCGGUUACUUGCGGUGGUAAACUUGCUGGAAUCAUCUCGCAGACUAAUGGGUGCAACCUACUUGGUCUUCCGGACGUAUUCACUGAUGUUGCCAAAUCUAGCAUUCAAUCUUGGAUUAAGAGUCAGUAG